UGGAACUCCACAGCCCCUGAAAAGGGAAGGAAGAGGGAUGAUUCUGCUGCUGCUUUUUGGGCCACUUUCUUGUCAAUUUUCCUUCCUUUCUUUCCCGUACAGAGGGGGAAGUGGCUAGGAGUGGAGAGCGGGUAUGUUUCAGGGGACAGAGCUUCUCUUCUGAACCCCUAGGCAGAUUCAGCAGGGCAGACUCCAGACUGUUGCCUUUUCUCCACCCAGAAAUCAAUUUUGCAUUUUUUGUUGAUUUCCUUGUUGUAGGCUUUGGCAAAUCCAAAUGAUUUCCAAACAUUUUAUUUCUUUUGCUGCUGUGGCUGCUGCUACUGCUGCUGGGGGUUAGAGCAAGGGAUUAAUGAUUUGCUUCUCUUUCAAUGUGUAAUUCAGGGAUAGGGAGAAGGUCAGGCCUGGUCACCUGACAUUGUGAAUCCCGUCAAUUCUGGCCACUCUGGAGGGGGUUUGUUGUAUUUUCCUCCUGCCCCGCUCCCUGCCCUGUCUUUUCUUUAGCCUUCUCCUCUUUCCCUAGCACUCUGUUUUGCUCACACACAAUCCCCACCAUGAAUUCACAAGCAGCUUCAGGACACAUCUGGCUGAUUUUCUUUUUCUUUACCAGCCCAGCAAAAGGGAACUUAGAGACACCAUCUUUCCAGCCUGGAAUCCUCUAUCAAUACCGCUACUCACUGGAGCUGCAGCUAGAUUAUGUCUCAAGGUUGUCCUUGCAAGGAAGUUGGAUGCAGGCUGAAGCUUUGGUUCAGGUGCACCUGCUCUGGAGAAAUCAUGCAGGGGAGCAGCUUCUCCAGAUCCAGAUCCAAGACCUAAAAGUCUACCAUGAUUCAAAACACGAGAAGAUUCAGAAUGUUACCAGAGACCCAUCCACCGAGGUUGUGCUGGGCAAAGAGGACACCGCAGAGCUUCAGCUGCCAGUUUUCCUCCACUGGAAUAAUGGGAAGGUAGAAGGCAUCUAUGGAGAUAGCGGAGGAAGGCCCCAGACCUUGAAUCUGAAACGGGGCCUCAUCAGUCUCCUCCAAUUCCAGCUACAUUCUGGGACAGCAACUGAGGAGGAUGUUUCUGGGAGCUGUCAAGUCACAUAUGUUGUUUACAAGGAUUCCAUUGUAAAGACAAAAGAUCUGCAAAGCUGUACAAGGCCAAAGUUUGGAUUCACCUCCGUUAACAAAAUUUUUGGAGUUCUGUGGCAACCCACCAGCAAAAGCUUUUACUCUGUACAAGGAAGUCUCAUCCAGUCAGUGCUGUCGGAGGAAAGCCACGUGGUCUCUCCAACCUUGAAAUCCUCCAUUGGCACCAAGAUCACGUCAAGACAGCAGCUUAAACUUGUGUCUUCUUCAAUGCCUGGCCCUGCAGAGACUCCUGGAGAAAGCCUUCAGGAAGCUCUGGCUGGCAUACUGGAAAAGCACCAGCCUAUAAGCACAGUUAGCGAACUCUUCAAGAGGACCUGCAUGCAGUGCCCAUCACUCAAAACAUAUCUGAGGACUCUUGGUAACAGGAGAGUCAAAAUGGAUGUCUCCAAGGUGUCGACAACCUGGCAAUUCCACAGGUUCAUCCAGAUGCUGCGUGGUGCCAAGAAGAGGGAUGUCCUCCAGCUGCUGAGGAAAGCUCCGGAGAAGAUAGUUACCUUCUUCAUUGAUGCUGCAGUUGCUGCCCAGUCAACAGCUUCCUUGGCAGCUCUCUCUGAAUUUUUGGAUUUUAGCAACAAAGGGCAAGUGCCCCUGCUAGAGCAGUUUCUCUAUGCUGCAGCCUUCUCUCCUCGGCCCUCAAAAGAACUUCUGCGCCUGGUGCUAGACAAGCUGAAUGGAAAGGAGUUAGACCCUGCCAUCUGGGAAACAGGGAUAAUUGUCAUUGGCUCUCUAGUUGGCAAACUGUGCCGGAUGAAGCUGUGUGGAUUGCAGAAUGCCCUGCUCCCAGAAACCAUUCCUACCCUCCUGCAUUAUGCAGAGGAAGGGUCUGCAGGGGUCUCAGGUACAGCAGUAUCUGCCCUACAAAGGUUCUCCUCUCAGCAUAUCACUGGUGAGGUGAAAAAGGCAAUGAGGAGGAUUUUCCAUCAGAAAAGCAGAAACUAUGAAAAAACCUCUCGACUGGCUGCUGCUGAAAUUCUGUUGGACAAUGAGCCUUUGCCCAUGGACCUCACCAAUAUCCUGCUGGCCACCAAAGAGCUGGAAGCAGAAAUGUCAAAAUUUUUACUUUCGAAAAUCCAGACUAGUUUACAUUCUCACCAUCACCCAGCCAGGAAAGCAAUGAAAGAAAUUCUGAAAGAUCCACAGAUCAAUAAUUACAACUACCUCUCCAAAGCUGGCAGUUCCUCUUCUUUCUCAGGACCCUUGGCAGUCACUGAUGACAUGCUGUCCACUUUCAGUCUGGAGCUGCUAUUCACUGAGAGUGGUCUCCUGAGGAAGAGUGUCUCAGGUUUCAUGCUGCGAAGCCAUGGCCACCAACUUCAGGCAGCUCAGGUCUCUGUUGAAGCCCAGGGGUUGGAAUCUGUGCUGGGAGAGAGUAACCCUGAAGGAGAAGAGGAGCAGGAGCUCAUGGCUGGGAUGUCUGCCAUUUUCUUUGACGUCCAGUUACGGCCAAUUGUUUUCUUCCAAGGAUAUACGGAUUUAAUGGCCAAGGUCCUCUUAAGCAGCGGAGAGCCAACCAGUGUGGUCAAAGGGACUGUCCUGCUGAUGGAUCAUGAACAGGCAAUUCCACUUCAGUCUGGACUGCAAACAAUGGUUAAACUUCAGGGGGCACUUGGGUUAGAUAUUUCAGCCAACAUUGAUAUGAAUUUAUGGGAGCAAGAAUCAAGAACCAGCAUCAAAACAAGGGGUGGACUGGCCAUUGAUUUCACAGCAGAAAUUGAUGCCCCUUUCUUUCAAGCCAGCGUGAAAAGCCAGACAGAGGCAGAAGCCUCAAUCAAUUUUGAUACAGCAGUGAGAUUUUCUGGGAAUCCUGUGCUCAUGUGUCUGCAGCUAAGGGAGGAGCAGCUCCCUUACAGAGAAAUCUUUACAAUCUCCGAAUCUUCACCGAACCAAAGCAUCACUGUUCGCAAGGGGAGACGGGGCACUAUUGCUGGACGCGAGCUUUCCUUGCACAGGGCCAACUCCGAGAUGUGCAAGAUCCUGUUGACGGAGGCAAAGGAGCAGUAGAGGAAUCAAUGUGUCCUGGGUCUGGAUUUAUCAUUCCUCCCUUUUCCUUGGUCCCAAAUUCUCAGUGAGCUGCAUCCAUGAGCCAGGCCCAGGACUGAUGUGGGCAGCCCAGAGCCCUUUCUAGCUCCCACAAGAGUCUGCUUUUUACUGACUGUAAUAAAAACAAGUGUCCCUAUUGCAAGAGAACAUGUUGAAAUCAGGGUGCCAAAUGUGGUUGGGACAUGAAUCCCUAAAGUCCAUCAAAGCAAGUCCCUUGUAAAGGGCCAGCUCUGGGAUGUGCAAGAUCCUGUUGGCACAGUCAAAGGAACAGCAGAAUUAACAUGUUCUGGGUCUGGCCUUGAGAAUCCUUAAGACACCAAGAAAGGAGAGAGGUAGAAUUUUCAUAAUCAUGUACCCUUCCCUAUGAUGGUCAUUCUCCAUAUGGUAUGGUCCCUUAGAAGCAAAACUGGGCCACGAUCAACCUCACAGCUAAGACCCCUUGCUUUGAGAGUCACAAGGUGACUUUCAGGCAGUCUUAAGAAAGUGUUCUGAGAGCGGAUACCCAGAAUGGCAUGUUAAUCACACAUUUCUCCCCACUCAUCUGAGUAACCACCGGGGGUGAAAGGGAGCCGGUAUGGGACAGCGCUUUAAUGUCCCUGACCCUUUUGCCUCCCCUGUCGGGGGCGGCCACCAACGGGGGGGGGGAGAGGGGCGCAGCAACAUUAAAGCACUUCUGCGGCAAAGGACCCUGCAGCACUUUAACAUCCCUGCCCCUUUUGCCCUCCCCCCCCAGCCAUUGAUGGGCAUGGGGGCAAAGGGAGCAGCUGCCCUGGGGCCGGCAAUUUAAAAGGGCCCAGGGCUCCGGACACUGCUGCCCUACUGUAGCAGCGGUGUCCAGAGCUCUGGAGCCCCAGGCAGCCCCCCAGCCCUGCCCCUUCCACCUGAGGCCCCGCCCCUUCCGGGGGCCAGAGCCACACCACCCCUCCCCCGUACCGGUAACUGUCCUCAGUUACUUUCACCCCUGGUAACCACAAUCAAGUGAGCUCUCCCAGAGCGUCUGGACAGAACUUCCCAGGGCUGAGGAAGUGAAUGGAAUCCAGUGUUGCAUGAUUUGGUGACUGUGAUAGUGUGCCAUGCAUGUGGAAAGGGUGGCUUGAUUUUUUGGGGGUACUUGAUUUUUGAAAAAAAAGCAGUGAGACAAAAAAAGCUGCAUAAUCUGUCAGCAAUUAUGUUCCUUCCUUUUGGUAUAAUUAGAAGUGUUUGUAUCUGAAUAGGAGUUCAUCUCAGUUCCCUCACAACUUGAACUUCUUCUGCUUGAUCCUCCAGUGAGUUCAUGCUCUGUUGCCAGGGAAAUGACUGAUGUCAGAAAUCCAGAAAGAGAAGAUGACGCUGGAAGUGGCUAAUCCUUUGUUUAAAUAGGGCAAAUUCACCUCUAGCAUAACUUCUAAUUUUAGGGGUUAGAUGGAUGAAUUUGACCCACACAAUUUUCAGUAUUAGAAAGAAAAAUUAAACACAUUAUGGAAAACUAAUGUGAAGGUAAAUAGGGUUGUGCUUAAGUAGGGUGUGUAUAUAUGACAAUUUUUCCCUUGGAAUGGAAGUCCACUAGGGAUAUUACUUCUUAUUUCACCAAUACAACACGAGUGGAACAGUGGAACCACUACUGGGGCAGAAUGUCCAGUUCUGGUGUUCACGCUUUAAAACAGAUGUUGAAAAAUUAGAGAGAAUUCAAAGAAGAGCGACAAGAACGAUUUGAGAUCUGGAAAAUCUGCCUUACAAUGAACAACUGAAGGCACCCAGUCUAUUUAGCUUGUAAAAGACCAGCUUACAACAUGAUUUGGUCAUGGCCUAUACAUACACAGGGAAAAGAUAAUCAAAUAGGUGAAGGAUCUUGAAUUUAGGAGACAACAGCAUAACACGAUCCAAAGGCUGCAACUGAAGUUAGCAAAGUUCAAACUGGAAAUGAGACACGGUUUUUAAUAGUAAGAGGCUUUAAACAUUAGAACAUUAGAUUACUAAAGUAUUUGUUAAAUCUCCAUCACUUGCAUGUUUUUCUAAAAGAUAUGCUCUAGUUUUACUGGGUUAAAAGUAGGUAUCACAAGGUGAAAUUCCCUUGCCUGUGUUACCCAGGAGGUCAGAUUAGAUGAUUAUAAUGGUCCCUUCUGGCUUUGAAAUCUAUGAAUCUAUGAAAUGGAGAGUUUGGUCAAGGUUAAUACAACAAAGACAUUUCAUAUAGUUCUCUCUCUUUUUAUUAUUCAACAAAAAUUGAACAGAGCAGUGUGGGGGUGUCUUUCCCAGUAUCCCACUCUCCUCCCAGUCUUGUCAGAAGAUAGCAGAUAUAUAUAUAUAUUUUUGAGAUUCAUGUCCUAGUGGAUAGUUACCUAUGGUGCUCCUCCUUCUAGGUCAGGGGUAGGCAACCUAUGACAUGCAUGCCAAAGGCAGCACGCGAGCUGAUUUUCAGUGGCACUCACGCUGCCCAGGUCCUGGCCACCGGUCUGGGGCCUCUGCAUUUUAAU